AUGAAUUUCGGAAGAGCAAAACGAAAAAGCGCGGCAGCCAUUCCAGACUCGGACAGUGAAGAUGUGGACGACUAUUUCGAUGCUGAUACCGGGCUGUUCUUGGAUUUUGAUUUUGUAAGUUUUUAUAUUUUUUAUGUAUAUAAAUGGUGCGUCUGAAUUAUCCGUAUUUUACCAAUAUAGUCAGGGCCGAACAGGAACUUUUCAAUUCUCCCCCCCCCCUUAAAAGUAAAAAAUAGGUAAGGUUCUUUUAAGGCUAUUGGUUGAAGAAUGAGCAUAGGAUAAGGCUAGAUUAGGGUAAAGACAGGGCUGAAAUAAGACAAAAUUUUAAAGGUUAAGAUAGCGCUAGAUUAAAGUAAAUAGAGUAAGACUUAUCUAAGCUUGUGUAGUGUUUCUUCUUGAGUUUUCAAAAUUAAAAUUUAAAAUUUAUAGCAAAUCAAACUUACUUUAGCUACACUUUUUUACUUUGUUCUUUGCUUUUUUUAGUUCUUUGCAAGUUUUUAAGAAUGCUUAAACUAUAUUAUUGUAGGCUUUAUGCAUAUUACUUAAAAAAAAAAGGUUUUUGCCAUACCAUUUUUUACUUCCAUAACCUAAAAAACCAAAAACUAACUCAAAUUAUACCUCAAUAUUCCAUGAACACUAAAAACCAUUUUAAAAUCUACUAUGAAAUAGUCUCUAUUUGUUACCUAUGUUAAUAUGCAUUACCAGCGCCAAUUCCUUUCGUUUCACUGCGCAGACAAUCAUAUAACGCUAUUCAUAUGAUGACACAAACAAUGUAUUGAGUCUGGUUAAUGUUGUUAUGGCCAUAUUUUUGCAAAAAAAAAUUUUUUAUCGUGAAAAAGGAGGUUAAGUACGGUAUGUACUGAGAUUACCAUAGUAAAUUUAACUUGAUAUUAAAUUAUGUAGCAGGUUGUUCACAUAAUUCCGUGCUUCUUUUUAAAGCAUGUUUUUGAAUUUAGGGGCACAGAAUUAUUUGAACAAACUAAUAGAAAAGUUUUGUCGUUUUUUAUAACGAAAGUUGUAUUGAAAAAACGACAAGACUUUUUUGAGGGUUUAGAUAAAUAUCAUUUGUACAUUUAAGUGUAUUAUAGUGUAGUAGUACUUAAACAUUCGUUUAGCAUGUAGUACAUAAUGCACUACCUUUAUCGCAUCUUCAAUAAUCAUUUACAUUUUUACAUUUUACAGCCAUACACAGUCGUAUGUACGUGUAUUUACUGAAAGCCAAGUAAAAUAAAGAGAUUUUUUGUAUCUGAAAGAUUAUUUUCUAUUGUGUGUAUUAAUUUACAAAAUGACUACAAAUGAAGAGGUAGGUCGAACAUCACACGUUUUGGAGAAUUGUCUUUAAAGUAUUAUGAUGUAUCACUAAAUUAAGGUUGCGAUAAGACAAAAAUUGAUUUUUUAUAACUAAAGCGUAACAAAUUUGUAAGGAUAGGAUAAAUUAGAGCAUGCGUGUAGGGCUGCGGCUAGAACUUGGCUUAGGACUUGUCAAAACAUUUAGCAAAGUUUAGAAGUUAUGACAAAGUUAAUAUGCGGCUGGGUAAUGUAGUAAAAUAGCACUUCUUAAAAAAUUUUUUACGUGACGGGGCGGACUAGGAUGUAAUUAGAGCUAGAGCUAGAACGUGAGCUACAGUUAGAGCUAGAGCUAGAGCUAGAGUUAGAGCUAGAGCUAGAACUAGAGCUAGAGCUAGAGCUAGAGCUAGAGCUAGAGCUAGAGCUAGAGCUAGAGCUAGAGCUAGAGCUAGAGCUAGAGCUAGAGCUAGAGCUAGAGCUAGAGCUAGAGCUAGAGCUAGAGCUAGAGCUAGAGUUAGAGCUAGAGCUAGAGCUAGAGCCCUGGUUUAGAGAUCUGGGAUAAGGUUCUGUGUUAGAGCUUUAGAGAUUGGGCUCUGUGACUAGGGCUUUGGAACAAGGGUUCUAAGGCCAGAGUUUUAGGGUUAAGGCUUUGAGCUAGUGCUUUGGGCUAAAUUUAGUCUAGGGCUUUGGGCUAAAGCUCUAGUCUAGGGCUUUGGGCUAGGACUCUGAGCUUACAAUUAGGCUAAGACUAGGGCAACCUUUUGUGCAAGAACAGCUAACAUAUGCUAACUUUUACUCUGGAACCCAUUUAGUAUAAUCAAAAAGCGAACAAAUUUGUUUAAUCUACUCUGUCUUCCUUCGGCCCGCUGUGUAAUCUGGGCCGCGCAUCUUUCAAAUUACUCUCUGUUUUUGUCUUCAAAUUAACAAUUACUCCUUAUAAUUCGAUUUCAAAUUUAAUUAUAUUUUAAUGGUUUUAGGGUCGAAAAAUGUCAUGGGUGGACAUGAUCGCGUCGUCCGCCACGAAUAUUCGAAAAACCGAUCCUGGAAUGACCUGUAAGUUUAUAUAG